CCUUCAGUCUCGCACAGGUGUACCGGCUCCUCCCCUUCAGUCUCGCACAGGUGUAUCGGCUCCUCCCCUUCAGUCUCGCACAGGUGUACCGGCUCCUCCCCUUUAGUCUCGCACAGGUGUACCGGCUCCUCCCCUUCAGUCUCGCACAGGUGUACCGGCUCCUCCCCUUCAGUGUAUCGGCUCCUCCCCUUCAGUCUCGCACAGGUGUACCGGCCCCUCCCCUUUAGUCUCGCACAGGUGUACUGGCUCCUCCCUUUCAGUCUUGCACAGGUGUACCGGCUCCUCCAUUUCAGUCUUGCACAGGUGUACCGGCUCCUCCCCUUCAGUCUUGCACAGUUGUAGCGGCUCCUCUCCUGGACUGAAAUGGCUUUCUCUGAUUUCACUGCACACUGAGAGCUUCUCACAAGG